AUGUCGCUGAGCCCCAAGCACACGACGCCCUUCUCGGUCACCGACAUCCUCAGCCCGAUGGAAGAGAGCUACAAGAAGUUCGGCGGCAUGGACGGGGCGGGCGGGCUGGGCGCGCCCCUCGGGCCCUACCGCCAGCCGCCGGUGCCCGCCGCCGCCGCCGUGCCGCAGCACGUCGUGGCGGGCCCCACUGGGGCGGCCGCUUACCACAUGCCUCACGGCGUCUCCCAGUUCCCGCACGGCGCCGUCGGGGGCUACUGCAACGGCGGGCUGGGCAACAUGGGUGAGCUGCCCGCCUACCCCGAGGGGAUGCGGAGCGGCGCGGCAGCGGGCGGCGGCUGGUACGGGGCUGGCGGCGACCCUCGGUACUCCAGCAUCUCCAGGUUCAUGGGCCCGUCGGCAGGGAUGAACGUGGCCGGGAUGGGCGGCCUGAGCGGCAUCGCCGAGGGCGCCAAGGCCAUCGUGCCGCUCCACGCGGCCCCGCGGAGGAAGAGGAGGGUGCUCUUCUCCCAGGCGCAGGUCUACGAGCUGGAGCGGCGCUUCAAGCAACAGAAGUACCUGUCGGCGCCGGAGCGGGAGCACUUGGCCAGCCUGAUCCACCUCACCCCGACCCAGGUGAAGAUCUGGUUCCAGAACCAUCGCUACAAGAUGAAGCGCCAGGCAAAGGACAAGGCGGCGGCCGCGCAGCAGCUGCACCCCGACGGCGGCGGCGGCCUCUGCCAGCAGCACUCCCCGCGCCGCGUCGCCGUGCCCGUGCUGGUGAAGGACGGCAAACCCUGCCCGCCGCCGGGCAGCGGCACCCCGGUCCCCGGGCAGCCCGCACCCGCGCCCCCCGCCGCCGCUCCCGCGGCCGACCUGGAGGAGCUGUCGCCCAGCCCGCCGGCGCUGCACGGCCCCCUGGCCCCCCUGGACUCGGCCGGCGUCGACUACAACGGCGGCAUGGUCAGCCCCAACCUGCUCUACGGCAGGACGUGGUAA